AAUGUAUGUCCUUUGUCGGCUUCCAUAGCUACCCAACCAAGAAAAAAUGGCUGGGUGGAUGUGGCUUCGCUGCUUUUUUGGGCCUCAUCUCCAACGAAUUCACCGGUCACCGGAUCAGUCACGACCCGAGGGCAGAGCCGGGAGGAGGGGAUGGACUUACCAACCCAAGAGCCUAGAGAAACACACAGACAGCAUCCUCGGAUGGGCCUCAGCUCUGUGGUCUUUGUCCUACUACAGCUCACCUCUCCUCCUCUGCUACCUAUACAGAAAAGGCUACAUCUGCAGCAGUAAGCUGGUUCCAGUCAGUCAGUAUGUGGGAACAGUACUGGUCUGUCUCCUUGGAGUUGCCUGUCUAAGAGGAUGGGGUAGAUGGAAGAAUUCUGAGUAUCAACAAUUUAUCUCCAUUCUGGAGGAAACCAGGAAGACCAACACACCUAGCAAAAAGAAAAAACUGGGUUGCUAUGAUUUCGACUUCUCUCACUGGCCGGCAGACUUCAGCUGGAAAGAAGUUAGCAAUCUGAAACUGCCUUCCAAGGCAGGAGUGUCUCUACUGAAGCCAGAGGCCCGACUGAGAGGGGCAGCAGACAGCGUGCUCAAUUCUGUACGCACUCUACCAUGCCACAUCAUCAGUUUUCUGAUAGCCCACUCGUUUGGAAGGAGGAUGCUGUAUCCUGGCUCUGUAUACCUCCUUCAGAAAGCUAUGAGACCCAUGCUACAGCAGGGACAGGCUAGGCUUGUAGAGGAGUGUGAAGGCCAGAGGAAUAAGCUGGUGGCUUGUGAUGGCAAUGAGAUUGACACCAUGUUUGUGGACCGCAGGAGAGUUGGAGGAAUGCAGGGGCAGACUUUGGUGAUCUGCUGUGAGGGGAACGCAGGCUUCUAUGAGGUGGGCUGCAUGAACACCCCGUUGGAAGGUGGGUACUCUGUGCUGGGCUGGAACCAUCCUGGCUUUGCAGGAAGCACGGGUGUACCGUUCCCCCAGAACGAGGCCAAUGCCAUGGAUGUGGUGAUCCAGUUUGCAGUGCACAGACUGGGCUUCAAUCUCAGGGACAUUAUGGUCUAUGCGUGGUCCAUAGGGGGAUUCACAGCCAGUUGGGCGGUGAUGUCCUACCCAGAGAUACAGGCUGUGGUGUUGGACGCCUCUUUUGAUGACCUGCUGCCUCUGGCUCUGAAGGUCAUGCCUGACAGUUGGAGGCCGCUUGUGACUCACACCGUCAGGCAGUACAUGAACCUCAACAAUGCAGACCAGCUCUGCAAGUACCAGGGACCAGUGCUUCUGAUUAGGAGAACCAAAGAUGAGAUAAUCACCACCACGGGUCCAGAAGACAUCAUGUCCAACAGAGGAAACGACCUCCUGCUUAAACUUCUCCAGUUUCGGUACCCCAAGGUGAUGACAGAUGAUGGAGUCAGGGCAGUCAGGGCGUGGCUGGGAGCCUCUAACCCCUUAGAAGAGGCAUCAGUUUACAGUAGCUAUGAGGUGGACGAUGACUGGUGCACAUCGGUCCUACAGUCCUAUCAGUCGGAGAGAGGCCAGUUCUUCCCAUGGAGCGUCGGUGAGGACAUGACACUAGACGGAAGACGACAGCUGGCUCUUUUCCUGGCAGGGAAAUACAUGCGCAACUUUGAGACGACACACUGCACUCCUCUCCCCUACUCUGAAUUUGCUACCCCUUGGAGUCUGUAGACCGAUGGAUGAGCAAGGAGUUGUAGAGGUGUCUAGGAGCCGGGGAAGACUAACGAAUCAGAGGGUCAGCAUGAAAAUGUUCAUUUUAUUUUGUCUGAAUGUUAUUUAUGGAUCUUUGGGAGGGGUUCAAGGCUGAUCAGAUGAUGUUUUUGUUGUGUUAAGACUGUCUGUUGUUCACAUACAUACACUCCCGUCCUGAAGGAGGCUCUGGCCCUGAAGUCUGUACCUUCGAAAUGCUUCCUCACUUCCUCCCUUCCAUGAAGUCAAUGUUUUCGGUUGAAGAUGGUACAAAAUAAAGCCUCCAGGCUAUU